CUGAGCGCCGCCGGCGCCCUGCGCCCCGGGAAGCGGAGGGCGAAAGGCAGCGGGCGGGGGCUGCCGGAGCCCCGCCGCCGGAGCCACGGGAUCGCCGCGCUCUGAGCGGCCGCUGCAGCCCGCGGAGGGCUCUCCCUCGCUUCUCUUCAUUUGUUUUGCCUCCUCCCUUCCAUUAUUUUUUCGGCCCUUUCUUCUCCCUUUGUUUUUGUGAUUUUAUCUCUCCCCCCUCCCCCCCCGAUACUUCCCCUUCCCCCUCGCCCAGCUCCGCGGACGUGCCCGCUCCCGCAGGAAGGCACCGGCGCUGCCCUGCGCCCACGAAGAAGGGGCCACGCCAAGCCCCCCCGGGCCCUUGAGCGGAGCUCUCCUGCGGCCGCCCGUCCUCCCUGCCGGGCGCACUGCCUCUUUGUCCUCCCGCACCGACUUUUUUAUUAUCGUUUUAAAUUAUUUUCGGUUUUAAUCCGACCUGAACAUCCCCGGGGGCGGGGAGGGGGGGAGGGGGGGCGCCCAGCGAGACGCUGCCAGACCGACCCCUGCCCAUCUCUCCUAAGGAACUCUCAUGGCUUCACAGCUGCGGACAAGUUGCCGUGCAUCUUGCUGGACUAUCGGAGUUUGCAUCCUGGCGGCCGCGCUCCUCCCAGGACUGCAAGCUCAGACUGUCUUAGUCAAUGACACAGUCUCGGGGUUCAUCGGCUCCGACGUGGUCCUGCACUGCAGCUUCACCAACCCCUUCCCCAAUGUGAAGAUCACGCAGGUCACCUGGCAGAAAGCCAGCAACGGCUCCAAGCAGAAUGUGGCCAUCUACAACCCUGCCAUGGGGGUCUCCAUCCUCUCUCCCUACAAAGAGCGAGUGACCUUCCGGAACCCUUCCUUCAAGGACGGCACCAUUCAGCUGUCGCGGCUGGAGCUGGACGAUGAGGGGGUCUACAUCUGCGAGUUUGCCACCUUCCCAACCGGCAACCGGGAGAGCCAGCUCAACCUCACCGUGCUGGCCAAGCCCACGAAUCGCAUGGAGGGCACCAAGCGGCCACUCAUUGCCAAGGCUGGCAGGACAGAAAAGAUCUUGGUAGCUACCUGCACCUCUUCUAACGGGAAGCCUCCCAGCACUGUCACCUGGGACACCAAGCUGAAAGGAGAAGCAGAGUUCCAGGAGAUCAGGAACAGCAAUGGCACCAUCACAGUGAUCAGCAGGUACCGGCUGGUGCCCAGCCGGGAGGCACACCGGCAGCAGCUCAUGUGCGUGGUCAACUACCAGCUGGAUCGCUUCACAGACAGCAUCACCCUCAACGUGCAGUAUGAGCCAGAAGUCACUAUCGAGGGCUUUGAUGGCAACUGGUUCCUCAACCGGAAGGAUGUGAAGCUGAUAUGCAAAUCGGAUGCCAACCCCCCAGCUCACACCUACGAGUGGAAGCUGCCAAAUGGGACCCUGCCAGGGAGUGUGGAGAUCCAGAACAACACCAUCUACUUCAAGGGGCCUGUGUCCUACAGCGUGGCAGGCACCUAUGUCUGCGAGGCCUCCAACGCCAUUGGCACACGGUCAGGCUUGGUGGAAGUCAAUGUCACAGAAUUUCCCUACACCCCGUCUCCAAUCGAUGAUCGCAAAUCCAUGGUGCAGCCGAACAUCCCCACACCAGUGAUUGGGGGCAUAGUGGGAGGAGUCUCGCUGGUCCUGCUGGUGGCCGUGGUGCUCUUUGUGGUCCUCCGGCGCCGCCGUCACACCUUCAAGGGUGACUACAGCACAAAGAAGCACGUGUACGGCAACGGCUACAGCAAGGCUGGCAUCCCGCAGCACCACCCCCCCAUGGCCCAAAACCUCCAGUACCCCGACGACUCGGACGACGAGAAGAAGCCAGGCCCCCUGGGCAGCAGCACCUACGAAGACGAGGAUGAGGAUGUGGGAGGCGAGCGCAAGCUGGGCGGCCCCAACAAGUACGAGGAGGAUGCCAAGCGGCCUUACUUCACGGUAGACGAGGGGGAGGCUCACCCUGAGCCUUACGACGAGCGGACACUUGGCUUCCAGUACGACCCCGAGCAGCUCGACAUAGCAGAGAACAUGGUCUCACAGAACGACGGCUCUUUUAUUUCCAAAAAGGAGUGGUACGUGUAGCUGGGCACCCCGUGGCUGCACAGCACCCCCCCACCGCACACACACAGCCUCACACCCCCCACCCCCCUCCACGAGCGAUGCCCUCCCGCUCGCCCCGCAUCCCCACCCAGCCCAGCGGAGCGCAGCAGCGCCCGGCAGCACCCGGCAGUGCCCAGCGGAGCCCAGUGGAGCCCAGCAGUGCU